AUGAGGCUCCAAUCGGUUUUUACUCGAGUAUCAACCAUAUAUUGGAGAAAAAUGAGUGCAAAUACCGCGUCAGCAGUUCAAUAUAUAUCUCCAGCUCCUGAAGAAUUCCUCGCGUAUCGACACUCCCCGGGAAAACUUCCAGGGGUAAUAUUUUUGCCCGGGUUGAUGUCAAACAUGGAUGGCACAAAAGCAACGGCUCUUGAGCGAUUUUGCAAAGAAAUUGGACAUUCGUACGUGAGAUUCGAUUACAGGGGGCACGGCAAAUCCAGUGGGAAAAGUCAAGAAUGUACGAUUGGCAUGAGGAAAGAGGAUGUGCUGUCAAUCCUUGAUAAUGUGGCGAGUGGUAUGGGACGUAAUUAAACGUUAUAAACACUGUUUCUUAAAAAAAGGCUCGUGUCAAACCAGGACGUAGACCUGCCACAAGUAGAACGGGCUCAAUUAAAUCGCGGUGUGCGACAAACGCAGACUGCAGGCAGACUGGCAGGUAAGCGAGGUAAACAAUGUUGUAAAAUGCUUUAACAGAUUCCCUAUCCCUAAACUUUAAGCCUAGAUAAAAGUUUAGUUUAGGGAUAGAGAAUCUGUUAAAGCGUGUCACAACAAUGUUAGCCUCGUUUACCUGCCAGUCUGCAAGUCUGCAGUCUGCGUUUGUCGAAGACCAAUUAAAUCGAUACUGUCCAUACUAAUCAAUCCACAGAUAUCUGAAAUCGAUAAAAGUUGAUCAUAAAAUUUUGUGUGAUUAUCGAUUCCUAUCGAAAUUGAUGUUAGAGUUCGAUUUUUAUCUGGAAAAACGGAUCAGAGGCAACAGUUUCAAUAUCCAUUACCAAAUUAUUAACAUCCAUUCGAGAAGUUUUGCACCAUCAUUAAAUCAGACGAAGGACUUUCUCAAAAGUCUUUUUGAGCUUUUGUAGCAUUCGUCUCCAGAUGCAUUAGAACAGUGUUUAUAUCCUUUUGUAAAUGCUAAGCAUCUGUGUGCGUUUGAAGAAUCCUUCUCCUUACGCAGCAUUCGUGUAAAGUUCACGUAAAUCCUCAACAGAUAUUCUCCAAAAAGUCUCGGAGGUCUAUGGAAAUUGAUUACCUGUGCUGAGAAAAUUGUGAUUAUCGACUUUUAUCGACAAAUUGAAUUAACUAAUCAACGGCAAUUAUUUCAAAUAUCGAGCAUUAGUAUUUACCAAAUCAUUAAAUAGCAAUUUUCGUGCAUUUUGAUUGGCUCCCGUAACUCGGAAUAUCCUUGGCUAUUCACUGUUUUGCGACCAGAGCCAAGAUAGCGUCUCAAAAUUUGAGCGUUAAAUGAAGCAUUCUUGCAAACAAAUGCCAAAAAAGCAACGAACUUUGGCUUAUCAGUGAUUUCUAGUUGGUAAAAAAUUAUUUUCAUGCUGAAUUUACAACAAAAUAAUAAAAAUUUUGAGAAAAUCCCCAAAAUGUUUGUCAGUUCUAAACAAUGUACCUACUAAGUGACGUUUUCAAUUUGCAAAAGGUUACUUUUUUUAUUUUAUCCAACUGAUUUGGUAAAUACUAAAACAGCUAUCCUCCUCAGGGGCAGUGAACAGUGUUAGAUAUAUACCUCGAUGCUUUGUGUCUGGGUAUAUAUCCACCACUGUUUACUUGUAGUCCGCUUCGGGGGAUAGUUGCAUACUACUGACUUAUCAACUAGCUUUAAUAUGAUCGAUUUCUGUCGACAUGUAACGUCCUGGUGAAACGCUGCCAUUUACAUGUGAAGAGGGGACGUUCCAUUUUUUAUCCGCAACCCUCCUCCCUAAGGAUGACAGGUUUUCAAACGGGGUUCAGAUUUUUUCGUCAAAGAAGCUGACAAAAUUUGGAACCUCUGGACAAAUUUCUCAAAGGUGCAGACAAAAAGUGGACCCUUCGAAUUCAAUUUUUCAAAGGGCCCCCACAAAAAUUUGAGGGUUCAGAUUCUUGUCAUCUUUAAAGGGAAAGUGGGAGUUGGUUGUUGGUUUAAAAAUGGAACGUCUGAGCAGCAUUUGGCUCAGUUAUGGACCUUUUAUCGGCAGUCCCCCUAGCCGACUCUGGGCAAGGGAGCUGACGUUGUAAAGGACCCUGUCAAAGUUAUAAAUUAGUGCCUCCUUAAUCUUUUUACUGGGGACACAGACCAAACAGUAGAGACACUUCUCAACCCUCCCUGCUGCUAGGGAUGUUUUGCAUCUCUUGCAAAACGUUCCUGACAGCAGGGAGCAUUAAGAAAGUUUGUAUUCACAGGCUAUCCUCGUCAUAGAAGGGUACAACAUGAAAUUAGAGAGAGAGUACAAAAUACGAGAGUACAAAAUAAGUAAGAUUACCCAGCUCAUGGGGAUCAGCCAGCCAUGGAUUUAUUUAACAUAUUUUUUUUUCUAGAAAGUUAACAAUCUUAUGCUUAGUGGGGACACAGAUCAAACAAAGUUAAGAAAUUCUUAGCCCACUGUGAAUACAGAUACCUCUCAAUGCUCCCUGCUGCUACAGACAUUUCGCUUCUCUCACAAAGGUUACUAACUUACAAUUAUAGACUUUGUAGUACAGUGAAAUGGCAUUAUAAUGAAGGGCCAUUAAUAGAGACUGGAAAAAUACAUGUUUUUACUAUUUAGGCACCAUGGAAACAAAAAUUUUGUAUCUUGCGACUUAAUGUGGAAAACAGUAGCCAAGUUGAUGACCCCAGAGCACACUCUGUAAUUCCAAAAGGUUGUUGAAAACAAGUUAGCCAAGUAUAUACUCAUACAGUGCAAUGGUUGUUUCAUAUAGUGUGGUUUUGUGUGUACUGACCCUUUAGGCCUCAGUAUAUCCACAUCCAAAUUCUCCAGACAGAUUUCCAUUCAUUUUCUUAAAGAAUUUGUUAUGUUAGGAGAGAAUUAAUGUUAGUCACUCUUGGGACCAAGAGUGGUACAUGUACCUUACUUUUACAGUAUCCGCAGGGCUUCCUGUAAGUCCUUUCAUAGUUCUCAACAUCAAAAGUAAAUUUAACUGAACCAUAGAGGUGAGGCUGGUUGAUCUUUUACUCUUCAGCUUACUGUUAUGCUUUGAACUUGAUUUUCGGGGUUUGCUCACCUUUUUUGCCCUACAUGCUCAACUCCUGCAUAUUUACUUGUAAGAAAGUUUACGUCUGCACCAGCUACCUUGUUUCUUCUGAUUCAAUACCUCGUAAACGUAAUUUUAGUGGAUGAUGUGUGCUGACAGUUUCAAAAUUUUUAGGUCCCCAAAUCCUAGUUGGGUCAAGUCUUGGAGGCUGGGUCAUGCUUCGUGUUGCUAUUGAGAGACCUGACCAAAUCAAAGGACUUGUUGGAAUAGCUAGUGCUGUGGACUUUUUGUCUCGUCGGUAUGACAACCUUCCUAGUGAAAUCAAAGCAGAAGUGGAGUCUACAGGAAAAUGGAUCCUACCAUCAGAGUACAGCCCCAAAGAGCCGUAUGUGUUAGAUUUUAAAGUGAUCAAAGAGGCCAGGAAACAUAUGCUAAAGGAAAAUGAGGUGUACCCUAUUCACUGUCCUGUCCGUCUGAUCCACGGAAUGAAAGACAAGGACGUACCAUAUCAGGUGUCCCUUGAUAUUGUUGAGCAACUUGCAAGUAAUGAUGUUCAUGUGACAUUAAUUAAAGAUGGAGGUCAUAGACUUUCUGACCCAGGUAAUCUACAGUUUUUAAUGAGGACAUUAGGACAACUGAUUGAACAAGUUCGAUAA